GUCGACGUGUUCAGUGUCCUCUUUGCUCCGCGAUAUAUUGUGAGAUUCAAACACGCAAUUGCGAGAGAAAAAAAAAGUCAAAACCGUGAGAUAAAAAGUCGCAAUUAUUAAUUUUAUAUUUUUUUUAUUUAGUGGCGGAAACAAGCUUUCUUUCUUUCUUUCUUUCUUUCUUUCUUUCUUUCUUUCUUUCUUUAUUUCUGUCCCAGUUCCCAAAGGUUAGCUCUGAUUCCCAGCCUCUUGUUUCAACAGCGCUGCUACGCUUGAUCAGGUGGGCGGGCCUUGUGAGCAGCCGGCCCCCGCCUUCCCCUGCUCCUCCACUGAGAGAAAGAGUGAGAGAAGAGGAGGGAGGGGUGGGAGGAGUGAGAAAGAGAGAGAGGCAGACUGACUCUGUGAGCUGGAGAAUGGAAGAGCAGUGUGUGAGAGCGAUAGAGAGAGAGAGAGCAUGAGUACUCUGAGUUUAUGAGAGCGCCUGCACACGCUUCAUCAGAACAGAGUCACUUCAGUUACCGUAGGACAACACAGCAGAGUGUUAUCACAGCACACUGAGAAAGAGAGCGAACAAGGGAACACUAGAAGAAAGAGAUUGACAGAGAGCCUCUCUUUAUUAAGAGAGCACAUCGGGGUACUGACAAUAGCAGCCAGCCAGAAGAGUCGUACGCCGGUGUGUGCGUGAACUUUCCCAGCCUGACUUCUCCUUGGUGCCCAAGAGGUCACCACCCCUGCAAAGUGCCGAGAUGAUCCCGGAGGUCUUUCUGAUCUUGUGGCUGACAGGUCACGGAGUGAAUGCUGUGUUCUCACAGCAGCCUCAGGACUUGGUAGUUGUGGCUGGUCAGCCUGUGACGCUACCCUGCUCCAUCCCUGGUUACCAUGGUGUUGUGCUGUGGCUCAGAGAUGGCCUCGCUUUGGGCGUCGGAAGAGAUCUUGCAGGUUAUCCUCGCUACGCUGUGGUUGGGGAUCAUGCAUCUGGCGAGCACCACCUGCGAAUCCAGAGGGUGGAGCUGAUGGAUGAUGCUGUGUUCGAGUGCCAGGCCAUCCAGGCCGCCAUGAGGUCCCGUCCCGCUCGACUUACUGUCCUAGUUCCACCUGACGACCCAGUCAUCAUCGGAGGGCCUGUGGUGAGCCUGAGAGCGGGUGACCCGCUCAAUCUGACAUGUCACGCAGACAAUGCCAAACCUGCUGCCUCAAUCAUCUGGAUCCGAAAUGGGGAAGUGCUGAAUGGAGCCAUGUACUCUAAGACUCUUCUUCGAGAUGGGCGAAGGGAGAGUACCGUAAGCACCCUCUACAUUUCAGCCUCCAACAUCGAAUCUGGACAGAAGAUCAUCUGUCGGGCAUCCAACAAGGCCGUGCCCAACGGAAAAGAGACCAGUGUCACUAUUGACAUUCAACACUUGCCAUUGGUGAAUCUCUCUGUGGAGCCUCAACCAAUCCUGGAGGGAAACCUGGUGAAGUUUCAUUGCUCAGCCAAAGCUAAUCCACCAGUCACCCAAUACAAGUGGGCAAAAGGAGGAAGCGUGAUAAAGGAAGUGUCUGGAGAUACUUAUGAGGUUGUAGUGGACCACUCGUUCUUCACAGAGCCAGUUUCCUGUGAGGUCACCAACCCACUUGGGAGCACCAACAUCAGUCGGAACGUGGAUGUCUACUUUGGACCUCGGAUGGCAGCAGAGCCCCAGUCUUUACAGGUUGACCUAGGAUCAGAUGCUGUGUUUAACUGUGCCUGGACAGGAAACCCAUCUUUAACUAUUGUAUGGAUGAAAAGGGGCUCUGGAGUGGUGCUAAGCAAUGAGAACAUCCUGACACUGAAAUCCGUCAGGCAAGAGGAUGCUGGGAAGUAUGUGUGCCGUGCGGUGGUGCCUCGCGUUGGAGCGGCUGAGAAGGAAGUCUCUCUCACCGUAAAUGGACCUCCGACCAUUUCCAGCACACAGACACAUCAGGCUCCACAUGGAGAAAAGGGACAGAUCAAAUGUUUCAUCCGCAGCACGCCACCCCCAGACCGCAUUGCCUGGUCCUGGAAGGAGACUGUCCUGGAGUCGGGGACGUCAGGUCGCUACACGGUGGAGACCGUAAGCACGGAGGACGGAGUGCUGUCCACGCUCACCAUGAGUAACAUCGUACCCGCCGACUUCCAGACCAUCUACAACUGCACCGCCUGGAACAGCUUCGGCUCCGAUACAGAGAUCAUUCGCCUCAAGGAACAAGGUGGGAGCCAAGAAUCCCUCCCUGUUGCUGUGAUCAUCGGCGUGGCAGUUGGCGCUUUCGUUGCUUUCAUCGUCCUCAUGGGAACCAUCGGAGCAUUCUGCUGUACACGCUCUCAGAGAAUGAAAACAGCGCAUCCAUGUACAGAAGACGCUCACCUGGUUAUGCCUACACUGCCCACCUCCAUCUGUGCUCAGCAGAGAGAACUUGCAAGCAAAAUUAAGACAGAAAACCUCAAAGGUGUGGUAUCAGCCAAGAACGACAUUCGAGUGGAAAUUGUACACAAAGAUCACAACGCAGCCCGAGAAAGUGAGGAACACUCCUCCAUGAAGCAGCUCAUGAUUGAACGGGGAGAAUUUCAGCAGGAGUCCGUUCUGAAGCAACUUGAGGUACUUCAGGAAGAGGAGAAAGAGUAUCAGCACAUCAAGGAUCCCACUAAUGGAUACUACAGUGUGAACACCUUCAAGGAACAUCAUGGCACCCCAACCACGCUGGCAGGAAACCAGACCACAGAGCUCCGGCGAGACCCUGCCACAGCCACCACCGGCAAACAGCGGGUUCCCACAGGAAUGUCUUUCACCAACAUCUACUCUACCUUGGGUGCUGGACCCAACCGCCUGUACGACUACAGCCAGCGGUUUGUGCUGGGCAUGGGCAGCAGUUCCAUCGAGCUUUGCGAGCGAGAAUUCCAGCGAGGAUCGAUGAGUGACUCCAGCUCUUUCCUGGACACACAGUGCGACAGCAGCGUCAGCAGUUACAGCAAGCAGGACGGCUACGUGCAGUUCGACAAGGACAGCAAGGCCUCGGCCUCCUCCUCGUCCCAUUACUCUCAAUCAUCGUCCCAGAACUCAGACCUCACGCGGCCACUGCAGAAACGCAUGCAGACCCACGUCUGACUGCAGGAGAUGGACAGAAGACAGAGGAAUCCAGCGAUGGGUUUGGCCAAAGGGGAUUGAAUCCCCCCAGAUGAGAAUCAGGAACCAGUUCAAGCACAUCCAGCACCCGUUUCAUUUUAUCCCCCACUUGUUUUGCAUUUAACAUUCUUUGGUAUAUGUGGAUUUUCCUCCUUUUUCCAAAUCUUAUUUACAGCUCUGAAAAGCCUUACCGUUUUCAGAUCCUUGUCAUGGGCUCAUGGACUACCCUUCAGAAUGCCCUAAAUGUCUGGGCAAGAAACUUUCUCCAAACAGCCGUGUGCCACAGUGACGUCACUUGCCAAUGUAGAAAGACAAAAGAAACAGAAACAGUGUCCUUGCUAUAGUUCCGGUAACUUCGAUCUGAAAGAAUGACAUCCUCAGAGAAUGCAUUGCAACAUUGCUGAGAUCUUUGAAGAGAGUUGAUGAAGGCGGCUACAUUCCUUACCUCUGUAGUCCAGACACUCCUCCGCACCAUUAGAGGACAAUGCUCCUGUACAUUCAAGCACAACUGUCAAAGUUGUAUGUAAGAUUUCUCAAUGCCUCUACCACAGCUAGCUAAACAAAAGAAAACAUAUAAAAGGACAAAAAAAAAAAAAAAAGAAGAAGAAAUGUAUGAACUGAAUUAACAACUAAUGUCAGUCAGAAUCUUUGGAUUCUGGCCCUUCUGACAAAAGUUUGUCUGGCAUACAAAUGUAAGAGAUAGACAGUGGCCCUGAGCUGUCGGUUUACCAUUCAGAGAUAAGAUAUAUUUGUGUAUUUUGUUGUUCUUUCUUUCUGAACAUUCCUUAUUUUCAGUGUUUUAACAACUCGGUUUAAAAAUUCAUUGGACUUGCACUGGGAACUGAGAGGAUGAUGUAAUGUCGUCUACUUGAGAGCCUUGACUAUUUAAGGUGCGUGGACAUUUGAGGCUGAGAAUGUUUUUGUUUGUUCACUUUUUUAAAAUACUAUUCUUUCUGAAAAGGGUUGAUCUGCUUUGGUGUGAAUAAUGUGUCGAUGAUGGGAACAAAUGAUGUUUGGACUAUAUGUCCUGCGUCCUGUUGUGUGAAGUCAAAUUAUAACGCUUAAAAAAACUUUGUUUCGAUUCAUAAACGAUCAUCUGAGCUUUUUACACAUUUUCAAAUUGCUUGUUUCUUGCAAAACACAAAUUUAGUUUGCAAGAAAAUAGAGUAAAUCGAGAUCCGAGUACUUCACAUUUUGCUCCAGUUUGAAUCUUCUGUCUGCUCUUCAUGUGGAUGCCAUUGGACUGUACAGCAUUGAGUACUCUCACUGUUAUAAGUGAGCAAUUUGUGUACAUGUUUUUUGAAUGGAGUGUGUGCUUUCAUACUUAAUGUAAUUGUGUAAUGUUUUUUUUUCCUCAAUGUUUUAGUCUACAGAACUGAAAUUGCAACCUAUGGCACUGCUGAUAACUCAAGCACUUCACUCAAACACUUGUAAGGUAAAAUCACUCUUAGUCCCGAAUCAAUGUUCUGAAAUCAAGCGAACAGCAAUUGAGCUAAAAUCGCUUGCUACGUAGGAUGUGCAGAGAGAGACAAAAAGAAGCAAAUGCUGUGGUGUUUGGCAAGCUGGAAACUAGAGACAUUUGGUGAAUAAACCUCAGGCAAGAAGCUUCAGAAAGGCGUAUUUCUGGCUGUUUUGGAAGUACAAAUCUUACACUACUCUUCACAAAAGACUUCAGCCACAAUUCCAAUGAUGUUGCAUUGCCAAAAGAUUAAUCAGAAAUACAAUUACUUAGAUUAUCUGCUCUAUUUCUUAACGCAUUUGGUGUUUUGGUUAUUGCUACACUGGGGAGAAAUAUUCAGACUACCAACAAAAAAAAAACAUCAAAAUUAUGGCAGCAUGUUUCAAGUACUAGACGAGAGCACAGCCAUUAUCUAUGUGGUGUUACAUUAAGUGGCAUAAUUGUAUGAAACUGCCACUGACCUCUUAUAACAAGGUUGAGGCUCAUCCCUGUAUGAGCACCAACUGUGCUUACAUCCACUGAUACCGACACCUCUCUCCCUGCCAAAGUUUUCCUGGGUUAUGGCACUCUGAAUCUACAUUUAGUUGAAUAACCUUUCCAAUGCUGCCCUGUGACUGCAAAACAGAUUGGGGGUGAAAGCUAUCAGUGUGUUUUGCUUAUCAAAGCUUCCGACACUCCAGUCUUUUAUCUCCUCGUCAAGUUAUCUCCCAUUCCUCCUCGCUCAUAAAGAUGACUAUGACCAGAGGUGAUCCCUCAUAUAAACAAGGAGGAGGAACUGUGGCGUCUCUCACUUGAAAUGCAAAGAUCUUGAUUUUGACCCAGAGGAAGAGUUGUGAUUUGAACCGACCUGACAAUUCCUCCCUUCAACCCGAAUACAAGAAACACUGCAAGGCGUGACGCCGCUGAGUCAGUCGGUGCUGUAAGCACUUUACGUAUGAUUAUGUUUGUGGCAUUUCAAUGGGUUUCAUACAUGAGUGCUGUUGGAUGAGUCUAAUUUUACAAAUGGAUUGGUGCCCAUUGUGGGGCUUAAACAGGAAAAGGCCUGUUUCAGUGCUGAUAAUACAGCUCAGUCUUCACUACACUGUAUAUAAAUCCCUCAUGCUCUCUGUGUGUAAAUUUGCAGUUAUUUUGCUUUGUUCUUUAGUCAAUUUGACUCAUAAAGGGCAGAAAGCAAAUCACACCAUUGAUACUGUACAAACGAUCAAUCUUUAAUUUAGAUUUUUCCUCUCAGUUGAUGGCAAUGCCAGUGCUAUAGCCAUAGGCAGAGGAGUGUUUAAAAUGAAACAUCUAUGUGUUACUUACCUUGGCCUAGCUUUCUCUAUUGAUAUCUGGGUAUGAAAUGUUUCCCGCAAGGUGAAAUGAAAAUAUACAGACCUAUAGAAAUCUUCCAACACACAACAAUCAAACUUGGAACGUGCGUUGAAUUUAGAUCCAGGGUUUCUACACCUUUUGACCAUUUCAUUUUAUUGAUAUUGGCCAGAAACACUCUUUGUGAGUGAAAUGAAAUACUUUAAAGCUGAGCAAAACAAGAAAAAAUUGGUUCAGCAUAGAAUAUAUUUGUGGGAACCCUGCAAAUAUGAAAAAUGCCACAAAACCUAAUUCUUAAUUUAUACUGUUAUCAGUAAUUUAAAUGCAAACUUUAAAAGGAGCCAUGUAAUUUCUCCAUGUAAAAAUGCUUUCUCUAACAUUACAAGAAAGCUACACUGGCUGGCUCAACCAAUGGCAUUAAUUGGGGGCGUGGCUACCUGUUAGUUUGUCUUAUAACAGAUGAGGGAGUCUGUUUGGCGAUGCUGGAUGCAAAGAAACUACACACUACAACUUUAAAUAAAUGCAUUUAAUUUUAAUCAUUUUAAAUGAAUUAAUGCUGAACAAUGAUGACAAAUAGCUACCCCUUAUCCAAGACAUACUUCAAAUCAAGGGCAGCUACUGUACCAUCCCUACUGCCACUGCAUUAACUUCCACUUUACAAUGCUAAUAGAGCCAUAUGGGUAUUGAUUAUUUGACAUGAACAUAUAUUUAUACCAUAUGGAUUAGUUGAUACAGUCUUAAAACAUGGCAAAAAGCCACAAAAAUCCCCCAAAACAGGUCACCAUUCAUGUAAAGAGCUAGCAUGUGCUAGAAUGAACAUGGCGCCUGUAAGCAAAUAUUGGAUUAGGGCUGUUGUUCUGUUUGAGUAGCUCUCUGUACUCUUUUGUAGCCUGUGUACUUUUCUUAUCGCCCAGCCCUGGUGAGAUUCAAUCCCUUCUCCCACUGGACCGCAAGUCUUGCCUGAUUCAGGCACCGGAUGGUCAUGCACUUACAACCAAACCAAACAGAUGAACAAAUACCACUCUGAAUGAUAGGACAGGGUCAUUGCCAGUUGCAGACAGCAGACCACAUUUAUGGGUUUUACAUUUCUCCCCUGACAUUUCAGCACAGCCAGGCGGGCAACUGGCUGAUGAAAUGUUAUGAAUUCUCCUCUCCCGACGAUACUGUUUUAUAUAGGCCUCUCCAUUAUGACGAUCCCAGAGCAAGUUUUGUUUGAGGAUGGUCACAGUCUAGGCUGCAUAGGCAUAUUAUUGUGUAAUAAUUUCUGUACGCUGCGGAGGCAUAGCAUUGAUGGUUUGUGCUCUGUAAAAUGUACAGUACGUAAGGGAACGGAUUAUACAGUGUACAAUGAUGGGCAGCUCUCUCUUAAUGGUUUGUGUUUUUUCUACAUGUCCCAAGCACUUUCUACAUCAGAUUUUUAUUUAUUUGUUUCCACAAGACAAUAUCUCGUUAGUCUUUAAGCGACAUGCUACUGCCGUAACAAAGAUAGUGUGUACACAGAGGUCGAGAAAAUCAAUCCAGCAGUUCUGAAGUUAUUAUACUGUAAUGUACUGGGGUUAUAAAAGAAGGUUAACCACUAUUUUCUUGCAGUGACUCUCUCUAUCAGUAAAAGCAUUAAAAAGAUGUACUUUACCUGUAAUGGUCCGUGAUCUUAUGAUGCUUUGGCUCUGUAUAUUUCUGAAAGAAAAUUGAAAAUCAUUUCAAAAAA